GGACUUGUUGUCAAGAACGCAAUGGCGUCUGUGGAGAAACCACCGAUGCCUGACACGUCAGACGUCAGUCCGGAAGUCCCCGGCGUUCAGUGUCGACCGGAACACCGAAUCACGCAUGCGCACUUUGUGUACAAGGAGAAGUCUCUUUUGGACUCCUAUAUCCUCAGCGUUGUGCCAGUCUUUGGCAUGGUCGGGCUUCACCACUUCUACCUGGGGAGGGUGUGGAUGGGAGUUGCCUACUGCCUCACCCUCGGGCUGUUUGGCGUAGGAUACGUCGUAGACAUAUUCCGUACGCCUUGUCUAGUGCACGAGUACAACAGGAAGGUGAGAGAAAGGGAAUCCCCCGUGACGUCACAGCGUUCCGUCACCGAUACAUACAUCCUGUGGUUUCCAUGCGGACUUUUCGGAAUGCACCACUUUUACCUACGCAACUACAAGUUGGCAAUCGUUUACCUACUCACAGUAGGUAUCUUUGGCAUAGGCUGGCUCGUCGACCUGUUCAGAAUUCCCAGUCUUGUUCGAGAAUCGAACCGGAAACAGGCGAGAGAGCCGGAAACAAUCACCGAAAAGGGCAAAUGUGUUUCUUAUGCUCUAGGCCUUCCUCCCCUUGGUCUCUUGGGGGCGCACCACUUUUACCUGGAUCGACCGAUGUGGGGUGUCCUUUACGCCAACACGGUGGGCCUUUUCGGACUGGGUUUGGUAUUUGAUUGGUUUCGAAUGUCCAUUUUGGUGAAGCGUGCAAACAAAACUCGCCUAGAAGACCAAGGGCCUCCGAACCAGUACGGUUGUUGUCUGCAGAAUUCAAAGAAGUACAUAGAUGAUCUUUUCAUCUUAUGGGUUACUCCCAUUGGCUUGUUCGGCGCUCACCACUUUUACCUGAACAGACCAGGAUGGGGAUUUGCAUAUCUGUUCACGUGCGGUGGCUUAGGAGUCGGCUGGGUUAUAGAUGCCUUCAGGUUACAAUGCCUACUACGAGACUACGAGAAAAACGCCGAGGAAAACAAACGGAUUUUCGAUCCUACUUACCAGACGCGAAACUACGUCGGAUCUUCACAGCAAAAUAGCGUAGACAGCGUGGUGCUUUCCUUGCCAAGGCCACUAGGGGGCGCUGUCGCAUCUUCAUUCAAUGAAGAACGUCCUCCUCAGUACCAAGUGGGUUUAAACCCAGUGAUCCAUGGUUUACCAGACCCCCACAGAACCUCAUUCCCGACCGCACCUCCGCCUUACACGGACAUCGCUGCGGGUGACAACAAGAUCUACCCCAACAUUCCACCGAAGUGGUGACCACACUGAUGCUGCGGCGAGGACAGUCUGGCUAAUAUGCUGAUUAACGCACCUGGCUACAUACCUGACUGUAACUAUGCUCUUUGAAUGUGUGACCGGAUGACGUCAUGACAGCUACCUUGCAGAUGCAUACAUUUUUACUUAUUGUGUGUUAUUAUGUGAAUCUAACCAUUGUACCUGUAUGUGGCUUUAUGUCUAGCGAGCGCUAGUGUUUGAUCCUGUUCCUUCGGACACUAUUGUAUCGAGUGGAGGUAAUAUUUCCCGUGUUGCCUAGGUGAGCUUGAUGAUGAAUACGUCUAU